CGCAUUGCCGCCGCCUCAGGCGCUGUAAAGAUGGCGUCGGCCCUCGGUCGCCUGGCCAGGCUGUGGGCGCUUAGAAACACCCGCGGCAGACAGUUUCUCUCCCCCAACGGGUCGGAGACGUCACCGACGCCGUGUCGGACAGCCGUGUGCACACAAUCGGGUGCAGUUCUGCCCAAACCCAAGAAGACCUCCUUUGGCCUUAUCCGGAUUGCUCUGGUAGUGGUGCCCUUCUUGUAUGUGGGGACUCAGAUCAGCAAGAGCUUUGCUGCCCUGCUGGAGGAGCAUGACAUCUUUGUCCCCGAGGACGAUGACGAUAAUGACUAAGAAAGGGAUCAUCCCACCCUGUUAAAAACACCGGGACGAGUCCUCGAGCUUCUGAAAUGGACAAAUCAAGAAUAUUUCACUCAGCUAUGGCUUCCUGGAGUUCAAUUUGCUGGAUUUGACUGUCACUUCUACUUGCCUUGGAUAGGGAGUUGGAGCUGUUUUUGACCCAGAAAAGAAAAGAUAGGGCUGUCCCAGUCUGGUGAUCUCGUACUGUAUGUGCAUGCACUGAGAAGUCUUAAUAAAAAUGAAUAGUUAAGCGGCAUAUUGCUGAAUGGAGAUCAGUGCAAAUUAGCGUGCAUAAACACUCAAUGAGCAUAGACCCAUGCAUAUGAGGAGAGAACAGAGAAAUCGUUCAGUGCGUCUAUAUGAUGAUUUAAAAGAGCACCUUUCGAUCAUUAAUCACAAUAUGUUUCAAAAUACAAGGUUGAGGCUUUUGCUUGCAAAUCCCCAUCUUCCAGCUGCUCCCGUUAGGGGUCGCCACAGCAGAUCAUCCGUUUCCAUCUCUUCCUGUCCUCUGCAUCUUCCUUUGUCACACCAGCCACCUGUAUGUCCUCUCUCACCACAUCCAUAAACCUCCUCUUUGGCCUUCCUCUUUUCCUCUUCCCUGGCAGCUCCAUAUUCAGCAAUUCAGCUUUUGCUUGCAAAUGGCAUUCCAAAAUUGUCUCCAUGUCCACAUUCUCAGUUGUCUGGUUCAAUACACAUCCUCAUCGAUUUAAUUAAAAUGAAAAUGUGAUUCAUAGGAGAUCUCUGAGAUCCAAAACCAUUACAGAAUCGUCAUAAACCUCUUCCAUACAAAGCUCACGGUAUUUUCAAGAGGAAACCCAUUCAAAUUAUGUCAUUAAUAUAAGCCUGCACAGGUUAAGCCAGGCUUUAAAAUAUUGGCUGAAAUGUCCUUUUAUUUUUAGGGUGCUUAGACAUAUGUGAGAAAAAGGAGCGGACAGAUGAAUUUAAAAGUUUGUGAGAUGAACGCAUUGGAACAUUUAGCCUCUAGGUUGAUUUUGAGGGAAGGCUUUGCCUGCAGAUGCAUAAAACACCCAUCCAUCCACACAUUAUCUGAACCGCUUAUCCUGCUCUCAGGGUCGCGGGAAUGCUAGAGCCUAUUCCAGUAGUCAUUGGGCGGCGGGCGGGGAGACACUCUGGACAGGCCGCCAGGCCAUCACAGGGCCCACACACACACACACACACACACACAUAUUCAUACCUACGGACAAUUUAGUACGACCAAUUCACCUGACUUACAUGUCUUUGGACAGUGGGAGGAAACCGGAGCCCCCGGAGGAAACCCACGCAGACAUGGGGAGAACAUGCAAACUCCACUCAGAGGACGACCCAGGAUGACCCACCAAGGUUGGACUACCCCGGGGCUCGAACCCAGGACCUUCUUGCUGUGA